UUCAGCAUCCACUUUCUUUUCAAGUUAUGGAGAUGGAGAUGAAUUCAAAUGCUAGUGUUGUUUUUGAGGCAGAGAAUGAUGAUGAUAGUUUCUAUGCUGAGAUUAGGAGGCAGAUUUUGCUGUUAACAAGUGAAGAAAAUGAGGAUGUCAUAGAGAAAAACCAUGGUGGUGGUGAUUCAAAUAGGUCGGUUUAUGGUGUUGGUCCAGCUGCAGCAUCACUUCCUUUAAACAGUGGCUUUGGCAGUAUAUGUUGCUGGGAAUCAGAUGCCGCCGGACGGUUGCCGGCACCGGCACCGGCACCGCCGGUUUGGCUAGUGAACUUGUGGAAGCAUGGAAAAGGGACUGGUGUGUUCAUUCCACAAGUGCCAUGCAGCAAAAACAAAAGAUCAGGAAGAAUGAACAACGGCAGAAGAAGAAUCUAUAGACCUGUGGUGAAUAAUAAGGAUUGAAGAAUCUCAUGUCUUUUGAAAGUGAAGAUUGUAGCUUACUUAUGAUACAGCUCACAUGAUUUAAUUAGAGUAAGGAAUAUUAGAAAAGAGAAGGUGAAAAAAAGGGAAGAAAAGUAUGUGAAAAGUUUCUUUCAUUCAUCUUGUAAAUAUUAUUGUUCAACUUGAUGGUGUAUCUAUGUUCAGAUCAUACCAUUAUUGGAACAGAUUUGUGGAGAAUAUAUAUUUGUAAAAUGUGUUAAUAUCAUCUUAGUACUGAUAUAACUAGAU